UAGCCUCGAACAGAGGAGUAGCAUAGGGAUAUAUAGAGAGUACGCUGCGCCGACGGACACCACGUACUGUAAGUUACCUGCAACAUUGACCAUCGCACGUUCGCGACUCGGAUGGCGGGAGCGGUAUCACAUGACGGAAGUGGCGAAGGUGGCGGCGUCUUCAGCCACCAGCCCGCGUUCGCUCGCAACGCGCACGGCAGCCAACGGCCAAGGAAGCUCUCGUACGCCCAUCUCAUCAGCCCUGAACUGCGUCGCUUAGCUUAACUUCCCUCUGCUGCGCCCUUUCUCCAGGCUCUACGACCUCCUUUCACGCUGUUCCUCCCCCUCGUCGGUCGGCUCAUCCUCGACUUCGAGUGUCGGCUCAUCCUCGACUUCGAGUUCGCGUGCGAGCUUCAACUCUCCUUCGUCUACCAGCUCAUCCAGCACAGUCACCACCGCGUCUACGACACCCGAGGCUUGCAGUCCGACGUGUGAAGCGCCCUUGACCACCAUGUUCCGCGGCGAGCACGCCUCGCUACCCCCAAAUAACUCCGCCGCCACCCACCGCGGGAUGGCUGACGACCUCUGUUCCAGACCGCCUCUCGCAUGGGACUGGGACAUCGAGCAUGCUGACCGCAAGGCAGAGGCGAAAGCUGACGCGGCUGUACAUGGAGCACCGCCGUUCCAAGUCGACCGGAAGCUCCUGAAGGAUAUUGUCCACGAGAAGAUGGGCGAGAAUGUCGUGAGGAUCAAGUUCCUCGGCGCUGGCACAUUCCACAAGGCAUACUCAAUCACGCUCGUGAGCGGGAGGGAAGUUAUCGCUCGCGUCGCGCGUCGCUUCAUGCCGCGGUUGAAGACUGAAUCCGAGAUCGCGACGAUGCAGUACCUUCGUGAGCGCACGAACGUGCCAGUGCCGGACGUCUACCACUACGAUGCAAACCCAUUCAACCGGCUUGGUGGCGAGUACAUCAUCAUGUCCAAGGCGCCAGGCAUUCCACUCUCGAAGGUGUUUCACUCUCUGUCACACGAGCAGCUCGCCGCACUGAUGGAGAACGUUGCGGCGCUCAUCAUCCCGCUCUUUGCUCACCGCUUCCCCAGCAUCGGGUCCCUGUAUCUUGGUCCUGACCUUGACGCGAGCCCCCCUACCGCUGUACCUCCGUACCUCUCGUCCGCAGCGCCAACACCGACGGUGGCAUCUUACUUGCCCGCCAUAACACGGGCGCCGUCGUCAACAGCAGGGUCGACCGCGACUGCGACGCCGGCUUCCGCAUCGACGUCCGCACGGUCGCAGUUCCACGUCGGGCCGAUCGUCUCCUGGCCGUUCUUUGGCUCGCACCGGGGCGAGCUCCCGCACCCGUCGGAGAUGGACCGCGGGCCGUGGACGACGACGCACACGUACCUCGAGGCAUGCGCGGCGCGCGAAGUCGAAGGCGUGCGACGGGAGAACGAUGGCAAGGCAGCGCCGCACCGGCUGCACCUCGAUCCGGGUGAAGUCGACGCGAGCAGACACCACCACGUCGAGGCGCUACCUGGGGACGAGAGCGACACGAGCGAGGAGUGGGACUGGGACGAGAGCGAGGACGAGUGGGAGGGCCCUGGGGACAACAUGUAUCGGGACUACAGGCGGAUGCAGCGGUCGACGUUUUUGGUCGCGCAUCUGAAGGAGCGAGAGGAGAAGGUGAGGCGGGAGAUGGAGAGGGUGGUGAAGAUGAUGGAGAGGCUGGGUGUGCGACUGCCUGGUAGUGAGAAGCAGGAGGGCGAUGGCGGUGGUGGCGGCGGCGGCAGCAGCAGCAGCGAGGAGUUCGGCCUGGACUGCCACGACCUCAGCCUGGAGAACGUCUUCGUGGACGAGCGUGACCAUUCCAAGAUUACGUGCAUCAUAGACUGGGAGUCGACGACGACGCGGCCGCUCUGGGCAUGCGCGCACGUGCCAACGUUCCUACAGUCCUCGCCCUUCACGUCGAAGCUGUUCCGCGCGACCGUCGAGCGUCUCGCGUCGCGCCCUGCGGCGUUCCCGCCCUUCGCGUCGUCUGCGCUACCAAUCGUCAUCCCAUCCUUCGCCGACGGGCACCCUACGCCGAUCGACAUCACGCACGUCGUGGAGGAAUGGCUGCACCACGAGGCGGCAGGUGCGCGGCUGCGGAUGGCCCACCGGUGCAUCGAGUGGGACGGAUGGGAGGAGGGCCUCGUGAACAGCAUUCUUGGCCCGGAGGAGGAAGAGGAGGAAUGGUUCAAGAGCUGGGAGUGCGAGAAGAGCGGUGUGCACACGCCCGAGCAAGUGCCUGCGGAGGUGUAUGGCGAUGGCGAGGCAGACGGGAGCAGCGAGGACAGCGAGAGCCCCACGCUGGUGGAUGCAGCGUCGAGCGACGGUGAGCGUAAGGCGGAGGGCCCUGGGAAGGCCGACGCGAGCGCGAAUGGGAACGGGAAGGCAGGCGGGAAGGGUGUGCCUAAGGUCCCAAUGGCCAAGAAAGUGAUGGAGUGCGAGAAGGAGAAAGAGAAGCUGCUGAAGGGCACGGGCGAUUACUGUGGCGGACGCGGUGGCGAGCUUGGUCGGCGACUCGAGGCGUGGCUGCAUGUCAGUGGUGACGGCACAGGGCGCGUCGGGCUAGAGCGACGCUGGACCGGCGAGGGGUACGAAGACGUGGAGGUGCCCCUCGGUCAGUGAACGAAGAAUGAAACUGGUGUACGAUCCCUUGUCGGUGCGCAUAGCAUAUUUAUUGUGGACAUGUACGUACUUUACGAUUCUUCACGCCUUCCUUCGGACGACUCGACUGACCUAGGAUUCACCGUCCACUUAUGUGCAUUCCUCAUACCUUGAUAUCCUGCCAGUCACACGUGUAUGAUAUUCUCUCCGUACGCAUUGUCGUUCUGUAAUUACACGCCUGUACUGCUGUCCGCAUAUGAACCUAGACGUCGUUUCUUGAUUGCUUGUUCUAUAUCGAUUAUAUCACGAAUAUCACGAACAAAACGAGCUUUUGGCCGCGAAUCCGAUCUUGCUAAGUAGUGAUUACUGCC